AUGUGCGACCUGCGCGUGCACGCGCGCGACCGCCGCAGUCCCCGGGCGAGGAGCCCCAUGGAGCCCGCGGGCAGCGAUGGCGGCCCCGGCCUCGCAGCCCCCUCCAGCCGCCGCCGCCGCCGCCGCCCGGGGCCGUCCCACGGCCCCCCCGCCAAGCGCUCGCGCGGUGGCGACCCCGAACCCGUCCACAGUGAUGGCGACCGCCUCUUUGCCCAAAAAUGCCAGGAGCUCCAGGGCUUCAUCCGGCCCCUGGCCGAGCUGCUCAACGGGCUCAAGACGGGGCGCUAUGACAAAGGGCUGAGCAGCUUCCAGCAGAGCGUGGCCAUGGACCGGCUCCAGAGGAUCAUUGGUGUGCUGCAGAAGCCUGAAAUGGGCGAGCGCUACCUGGGCACGCUGCUGCAGGUGGAGAUGAUGCUCAAGCUCUGGUUUCCCCACGUCGCCCCCAAAACGGCCACCUUGGAGCAGCGACGGCGGCGCGGUGACACCCGCGACACGUCCCCAUUGCCUGCUGCCACCGUGGCCACCACCCGCCCCGGCAUGAGCGUCACGUGGGUGCACGCGGCGCCCAUCUGCACCCUGCCCGGAGCCGCUGCCAGCCCGGACUCCUCCGCCACGGCCGCUGUCACCGUCACCGCCGCUGGCCCCCCGGCGCCGCCGCGGCCCCACAGCGUCCCCGGCCACCCUCCCGACCACGGACACGCUGCACCUCUGCGUGCCAAGACUGUGGGGCCACCCGCGCCACCGCGCGCCUGA